AUGCUGGUAUCUAAGCUGAGGAAGGAAAAGAUGGAAGAAGAAGUAAAGUGUAAAAGAGAAGAAUCCUAUGAAUGCCUUAGGUCUUACAAGCUAGCUAGUAGAGAAAUUGCCGAUAAAUAUAGGUAUGAAACUGAAAAGAGAUUCGAAAGGGAAAAUGUGUCAAGGACGCACAGAACAUUGGAGAGCAUAUGGGGGAGUUUCAAGAGCAUAGUUACCGAAACUACACGUAAUGUAUGUGGAAGUUAUAAGAAGACGAAUAAGAGAAAACAAACAUCAUGGUGGACAAGCGAGAUAAAAUAUCAGGUGAAGAUUAAAAAGGAUAAAUGGAAGCAAUACCUGAGUCAUAAAACAGUGGAAAAAUAUGGGCAAUACAAACAACAAAGAAAAGUAGUAAAGGAGUUGAUUCAAAGGGAGAAGAGGAAGAAAUGGGAAGAAUUUGGGGAAAAAAUGGAGAAAGACCAUAAGAGUAAUCAAAAGCUGUUCUAUAGAGUUCUUAAAAAUGCGAGAAAGACACCAAGGAAUGAUAAUGUGUUGAUAAAGGAUAAAGAUGGAAACCUGCUGAAGGAAGAUACUGCAAUAAUGGAAAGGUGGAGAGGAUAUUUUGACGACCUACUGAAUGAGGAGGGAUUUGAGAGGGAUGUAGAACAGGAAAUUGGGGAAACACAAGAAUUAAGUGAGGAAGAGGAAGGCAUAUCAAUGGAAGAACUGAAGAAAGCGAUAAAUACCCUAAAAAAUGGCAAAGCAGCAGGAUGUGACAGAAUAACAGCAUAA